AUGCAGAAAUGGCAAACUCGUGGUGAAGUACAAACCCAACAUCUCUUCCAUGGAACAUCAGAGAAACUAUUGAACAUUAUCUGCAGAGAUAAUUUCAACUGGCGACUUAGUGGCAAAAUUACUGGCUCCAAAUUUGGUAAAGGAAUCUACCUUGGCACAACAGCUAAAUAUGCAGACUCAUUUGCUGAGAGUGAUAACUUGUAUAGGAAAAUAUUCCUGUCACGUGUGUUAGUUGGUGAUUUCGUUCAAGGUGAUCCAAGUUAUAAUCUGCCGCCACCAAGAGACGAAAGUGAUCCAUUUGGAAACCUGUAUGAUGCAUGUGUUAACAAUGAGUUGAAUCCAUGUAUUUUUGUAAUUUUUGACAAAAGUCAGAUAUAUCCUGAAUAUGUUAUAACAUACAUGAGAUAUGACGAUAUUCAUUGA